CUCAAGAUUAUUUUUAACUGCUCAAGAUUAUUAUUUUGGAGAAGAAGUGCGGCGGCGAUGGCGGAGGAACUAGGAGCUUCUGGCGGCGGGCUUUGUUUGAAGUUGUUCGGAGUAAAUAUCAUUGUUGAAAGUAAAAAAGGUGGUCGGAAAAAAGGGAAGCCCUGGAGUGAAGAAGAGCACAGGAAGUUCUUGGAGGGUUUGGAGAAACUUGGAAAAGGUGAUUGGAAAGGAAUUUCGAAGAAGUUUGUGAGUAGCAGAACCUCCACCCAAGUUGCUAGUCAUGCUCAGAAGUAUUUUCUCAGACAAAUUUCUUCUCAUAAAAAGAAACGUAGAUCAAGGCUCUUCGACAUGUCCCGAGAACAAACUGCUACCAGUUCGUCACAGGCUAGUCCUUCGGAAACCCCAUCACAUGAUGCUCGGACUGUGAACACAUUCCCCCAUCUCUGCCUGGAUCAAUAUCCUGGUGCUGAUCCAGGUUAUGCUGCUGGAAAUAUUCCUAACAUGGUAGGAUUUGCUUUGGGUGGCAAAACUAGAGCAGCUGCUCCACCGGUGUUGCACAUGGCAAAUUAUGCUUAUGCACCCAUUACUUCUCACCAUUCACCUACUACUAAUCUAAGCUUGUUUCCUGUGAACUAUUUGGCAAAAGCUUCAUCAUCGGCAACAAUUAGGAAGGAAGAUCCUUUGGAUCUUAAAAUUGGACCAUCUCCUUAAGGGGCUUCUCAGGCUU